AUGGCUUGGCUGGAAAUUGCGAAAGACCUGAACGCCGGCACCAUCGGCGGCGUGGCGGGGAUCAUCGCUGGCCAUCCCUUAGACACCGUCAAGGUGCAGCUCCAGACCAGCAGCGGGGCGAGCACCGGCGUGUUGCGCAGUCUCCGUCGUGUCAUCAGCUCAGACGGCGCUGCUGGCCUGUACCGCGGUCUGCUGUCCCCCAUCCUGUCCAACGCACCCAUCAACGCCGCCAUCUUCGGAGUCCAGGGACACGCUGUGCGUAUGAUGCAGACAAAAGAGAACGCUGUGCUAUCCAAUACCCAGCACUUUAUAGCGGGGAGCGCCGCUGGACUCGUCCAGGUGGUGUUCGCGGCGCCAUCGGAGCACGUUAAAAUCCAGCUACAGACAGGAGCAAUGGGCCAGGAGCACAGCUCGUUGAACGCUGCUAAGAUCAUGUACAGGAGAUACGGGAUGAAGACGUUGUUUAAGGGAUGGGAGGCCUGUUUGCUGAGAGAUGCUCCGUCCUUCGGAGUCUACUUUUGCUGCUACGAAGCGACUAAACGCGCGCUGACGGGAGGCAAAACGGAGAAUGAGACGGACUGGAAACUCAUGACGGCGGGGGGCGUUGCUGGGAUGGUCUCGUGGGCGAUGUGUAUGCCGUUCGACGUGGUCAAGAGCUGCAUACAAGGGCAGAAGUUGGGAGGGAAGCAGCUGUCCAUGAUAGAGAUCGCAAGGUCGGGGGUCAAGCAGGAAGGGCCUGGAUUCUUUUUUAAAGGGUUUGGAGCGACCAUGGUUCGCGCGUUUCCAGUUUGUGGAGUGACGUUCCUUGUUUACGAAAAGACAAUUUUGUUAAUGUCUUGA